UUUUAUAUAAACCCACCAAGGACGCUUAUCCACCAUAUCAACUUUCCUCUUAUACCAUUUGCAAUAGAAUUUCAAUCCUUCAACACCAUGAAUUCAACAAACCCCAAUCAGAACUUUGAUCAGUAUGGCGCAGCAACCGGAGUCCCGUUGGCUCAAGGCUUUCAGCACCAAACCAGAUUGGGAGAUUGGUCUUCUGGGCUUUGUGACUGCUUUUCUGACUGCUCAAGCUGCUGCUUGACUUGUUGGUGUCCGUGCGUCACUUUUGGACGAGUUGCUGAGAUUGCAGACCAAGGAUAUACCUCUUGUGGUACAGCAGGAGUGCUUUAUUGUCUACUUGCUGCGCUGACCGGUUGGACCUUUUGCUACUCUUGCUUUUAUCGCACGAAGAUGCGGCAGCAGUUCAAGCUGGAAGAGAGCCCUUGUUGCGACUGCUUGGUUCAUUUUUGCUGCGAGUCCUGUGCCCUUUGUCAAGAAUAUCGCGAGCUCCAAAGCCGAGGAUUUGACAUGUCCAUUGGAUGGCACGGUAAUGUUGAAAGACGAAAUCGGGAAGUGGCCAUGGGAGCUGUUCCUCCUUACGUGGAAGGUGGCAUGAAAAGAUAGAAAAUCCUCGGUGGGAGAAAUGUAUUAUAUUUCUUAAGUUAAUGGUGGAGGAGAAUAAGGAAGAAUUAAAAAUUAAUAAAAUUAUAUUCAUCUAA